CCAUUGUUCGGUCGCUUACUGUACACAGUUCAGUUUGUUUUAGUUUCCACAGACAGCGCUUUGUCGUAAGGGACUAAAGUCCACAGCGGCUCGCUAGCCUGGCCGUUGCCCGUCGUUGACUGGCGUCCAACACCUGGAGCGACCCCCUCCCCAGAGCUCCGCGCUUCGCCAGCCCCCCCGGGGCCGCCGCCUGUCUCGUAGCUCUUAUAACGGAGCAGAGAAACUGGCCUGCUAGUUAGCACGCGAGCUAAGGUUCACUCCAUGUCCUCUGAGGAAGAAGCGCUCAGCUCAACGAUUGCAGAUUGGCUCUUUAUCCACUCCUGGUGGCUCCUUCUGCCGUUUAUCAUGCUUCUUGUUGUCGCUGCCUUCAUUGUUGCCUUUGUGCUGUUGCUGUACAUGAUAUCGCCUCUCAUAAGCCCCAAACCUCUGAAACUGAACGGGGCCCACGUCGUGGUGACGGGGGGCUCCAGUGGGAUUGGCAAAUCCAUCGCGAUUGAGUGCUACAGGCAGGGAGCCUUCAUCACCCUGGUGGCACGAGACGAGGAGAAAUUACUGAGAGCAAAGAAAGAGGUGGAGAAACAUGCAAUCAAUGACAAGCAGGUGGUGCUCUGCGUAUCGGUGGAUGUUUCCAGUGACUACACUCAGGUGGAAAACGUGAUAAAACAGGCUCAGGAGAAGCUCGGGCCUGUCGACAUGCUCAUAAACUGCGCCGGAACGGCCAUUUCUGCCAAGUUUGAGGAAAUGGAGGUGGAGCGCUUUAAGGAAAUGAUGGAACUGAACUACCUGGGCAGCGUUUACCCAACGCGGGCGGUCAUAACCACCAUGAAGGAGCGAAGGAUGGGCCGCAUCAUGUUUGUCUCGUCCCAGGCGGGUCAGAUCGGCCUCUUCGGGUACACCGCCUACUCCCCGUCCAAGUUUGCUCUGCGGGGCUUGGCAGAAGCACUGCAGAUGGAGAUAAAGCCAUACAAUAUUUAUGUAACAUUGGCGUUCCCCCCGGACACGGACACUCCACUGCUGGCCGAGGAAAACAAAUCAAAGCCUCUAGAAACCAAAUUGAUCUCUGAAACAUCUGGAGUUUGGCAGCCGGACCAAGUGGCUAAAAUCCUCGUGAAGGAUGCAGUGCAGGGGAACUUUAACAGCUCAGUCGGUCCAGACGGUUACAUGCUCUCAGCUCUCACCUGUGGGAUGUCACCCGUCACCUCCAUCACAGAAGGUCUCCAGCAGAUCGUCACAAUGGGGCUGUUCCGGACCAUCGCCCUCUUCUACCUGGGGAGUUUCGACAGCAUCGUGCGGCGCUGCAUGAUUCAGAGGGAGCAGUCGAAAGCGGCGGACAAGAGGGAGUAAAGGCCGCCCGAACGUGCUCCCCAGCCCAGCGCCGCUCCUCCUCAGCAGCCCCCUUUUUUUCCUCCGUCUUUACAAACGUGCACAUCUGGGUGGGAACGUGAGUCCGAGCCAAAAAGUUCGAUAUCAGCUCAGACGAGAGCGGGGAGAAAAAAAAACAAAACUGCGUACGAUGUUUACCUUCUGUUGACAUCACCUCAUAAAGUAUUCGUUUUACAUCGUCUGCCCCUUUGGAACACGAGACGCGUCGUUUGUUUAAAUGUGACGUCCCAGCUUUAGGAGCGGAGGGGAACAGGGGCAGACUAAACAUAGUCAGGUAAAUCGCCUUUGAAGCACCGAUUGGCUGUGUCAAGACUGAGGCUUUUCUUUUCUUUUUCUUUUUUUCCUUCUCUCCAUCCGUAAAAAAGCAGCAGAUAGCUUGACCAGUCGUACCAAAUACGGCUUAAAAUUCCUUCCUGCCCGGGACUUUAAUGAAAACCAGAAGGCAGACCUUCACUUUCAGUCGCGUUGGCGCAUCACUAAAGGAUCUCCACUUUUUACGGAGAAUUUUCACUUAAAAAAAAAAAAAA